GCCAUAUAAUAUUGCAUUCAACCCACACCUGUUCACAUAACUCACUCAUCCCUCACUCCCCAUUCCCACCAAUCACAAAAAGAAAUAGAACUAAUGCAAUGACAUCCCCACCGACAAAACCCCCUGCAACACCAACCUACAUCCUCCGCGGCCACGCCGCCCAGAUCCACAGCCUGCACCUCUACCACCACAACCGGCGGCUCCUGUCCGGCGACGCCGACGGCUGGAUCGCCGUCUGGGAUCUGGUCUCCAAGCGCGCCGUGGCCGUGUGGAAGGCGCACGACGGGGCGGUGCUGGGUGUUCAUGCCCGCUUUCAGGGAAGUGGUGGGAGUGGUGGGAGGACUCAGGUUUAUACGCAUGGUCGUGACCAUAAGCUGCGGGUGUGGCGGUUUAGCGGUGUUGAGGAAGGGCAUUUGCGGCGGGGGUUGCCGGUAGAUUUUGGGGGUGCUGCUGGUGGCGGGAGGCAGCAGCCGUGGUUGUCGCAUUCGUUGCCCGUGAACGCGUUGAAUUUCUGUGCGUUUGCGUGGGUGGAUCUCUCGCCGCUGUCGCCGUCGUCCACUUCCACUUCCAUUUCUACUUCCACUUCCACCUCUACUCCCACCUCCCCAGUACUAAUCGCCGUCCCUAACGCCCUCAACUCCGGCGCCAUCGACCUGUUCCACCUGCCCACCGAGCGCCGCGUCUGCACUAUCCCCGCGGAUGACGAGGUGAAGACGGGAAUGGUGAUGGCUCUUACCCUCUUUCUUCGCCCCGCGGAGCGUGAACUCUACGUCGCGGCUGCGUAUGAAGACGGCAGCGUCAUGGUGUUCCGGUCUCCAAUCUCUUUCCAGGGUCUGGCUCCGCAGCAGCAGCAACAACAAAACAGUGCCCCGGGCACCUGGAAAUGGGAGAAGCUGUACGCCAGCCGCGCGCACGACCAGCCAGUUCUAUCGAUUGAUGCUGCCCCGUCGGGCGAGUGGGUUUUCUCGUCGGCGGCGGAUGCGAAGGUCGUUAUGCAUCCCUUCGUCCGGAGGGCUGGGGCUGGGAGGGAGACGCAGCCCGCCAAGGUGGUGAGUACGCGGCAUGCCGGGCAGCAGGGAUUGAGGGUCCGGUCCGAUGGGCGGAUCUUGGCGACGGCCGGGUGGGAUUCCAGGGUCCGGGUCUAUUCGUGUAAGACGCUGAAGGAGGUGGCGGUUCUGAAGUGGCAUAAGGAGGGGUGUUAUGCUGUUGCUUUUGCGGGGGUUGGGAGUGGGACUCAGGGGAAUGGGGCUGAGGUUGUGGGGGAAGGUGAAGGGGAAGGUGAAGGUGAGCGUACGCUUACGGGCCUUGAUGGCAAAGGAGGAGGCCUCUCGGCUGUCCAUCAGCGACUACGCAAUCAGAAAGUCCAGAAUACCCACUGGCUGGCUGCUGGCUCCAAGGAUGGAAAGAUCUCGUUGUGGGAUAUCUAUUGA